AUGGCGGGUGUUGUUCCAACCGAAAUGUCCGCCAAUAGUCCAAGACGCACUGCCCAAUUUGCACGCAAUGCUCAAGGUGGAGCAAAUACGGAGAUGAACUCCGGAAUCCUUCAACUUGUUUAUGCAAAUCCAUUCACUGGAAUGGAUCAAGAAGAUCCUUUCGCACAUCUCACCAAAUUUUAUGAGAUUGUGGGUUCAACGGGAGUUGAUGCGGCGAAUGAAGAAUCAUUAAAGAUAUUUUCCUCAAUCCCGAUUAUGGAAGCCAAAACGACAAUUGCGGUAUUCACUCAAGGAAGCAAUGAAUCUCUUAAUGAAGCGUGGGAAAGAUUCAAGUCCAUGUUAAGAAAAUGCAAAGGCCACGGUUUUGAUGAGCUCACGCAAAUUCAUUUAUUCCGAAAUGGUCUUCAACCGGUGCAUAAAACAAUUUUGGAUGCUAUCGCGGGUGGUUCUCUUAUGUCUAAAAGUGCGGAAGAAGCAACAACUGUAAUUGACCGGAUGGCACUCAAUGACCUUCAAAGUCAACAUGAUAGAAGUCCUUCGCAAAGGAAAGCGGUAGUUCUCGAAUUGAACACCAAUGAUGCUAUUCUUGCGCAAAACAAGCUUCUUUCACAGCAAGUGGAGUUACUCACACAACAAAUGACCAAACUUCCGCAGCAAAUGAAAGAGAUUCAAGGAUCUCAAACUAGGCACCAUGUGGCAGCUUGUGAACUUUGUAAUGGAGAUAAUCCGACUGGUUUUUAUCCUCCUCCCAAUGGUGAAGAAGUGAAUAAUGUCAACAAUCAAAACCAAGGCUCCCAAAGGCAACCUCCACCUCACAACAAUCCUUACCAACGAAAUAAUCAAGGAUAUCAACAAUCAAGAUUCAACAAUCACAACUACCAUCAACAAAGCCCUUAUCAAAAUCCACACCAACAACCUCAACAAUCUCAAGGUGGAAGCUCAAAGUUGGAAGAUACUCUCACACAAUUCAUGCAAGCAUCCAUGGCGAAUCAAAAGAGCAAUGAAGCAGCCAUCAAGAAUUUAGAAAAUCAAGUGGGUCAACUUUCAAAGCAAUUGUCCGAGCAACAACCGGGAGCAUCCUUUUCUGCCAACACCCAAACCAAUCCAAAGGAGCAUUGCAAAGCCAUUGUUACAAGAAGUGGGAAAGAGGUGAAUAGUGGUGUAAAUGAAGAGGUUAUAGUGGAAGAUAAGGAGGAAGUAAUAGUUGAAGAUGAAGAGGAGGAAGUGAUAGUUAAAAAUGAGGGAGAAAAGAGUGAACAGAAGAUGGACGAAGAAUUAGUUGAAAAAGCGAGAAAAGAAAAAGAAGAAAGUGAGAAAAAUAACAAAAAAGUGAAGAUGAAUAAAAAGAGAGAUGAAUAA